CCGAGAUCCCCACCGUCGUCGACAACUUGUUCAGCGCCGGGACCAUCUCCUCUGAUGUGAUCGGUAUCUCGUUCGAGCCCACGACCUCGUCCGUGGACAACAACGGUGCCAUCUCCUUCGGAGGCCCUGACUCGAGCAAGUACACCGGCUCGCUUUCGUACACUCCGGUCACGAGCACCUCCCCUGCUGAUGAAUACUGGGGCAUUGAGCAGUCCAUCACCUAUGGCACGACCUCGAUCAUGUCUCGCUCUGCCGGCAUCGUCGACACCGGAACCACCCUGAUCUACCUGCCUACUGGUGCCUACAACAAGUACCAGCGCGCCACCGGUGCUGUUGCUGACAGUGCCACUGGCUUGCUCCGCGUUACUUCUGCUCAGUACUCUUCGCUGAAGAACCUGAACUUCUUGAUCGGCGGUACCACCCACUCCCUGACCCCCAAUGGUCAGAUCUGGCCCCGUUCCCUCAACAGCGCCAUCGGCGGAACCUCCGGCAGAAUCUACCUCGUGGUCGGUGACAACGGCCCCGCUGGCUCCGGUCUGGACUUCAUCAACGGCUACGCUUUCCUCGAGCGCUUCUACUCGGUCUUCGACACUGGCAACAGCCGGGUUGGAUUUGCUUCCACCUCGUUCACCUCCGCCACCAGCAACUAAAGAGAUGCGUCUACUCAUCAAGUUUCAGAGCAGCAGAAGCUUGUAGACUACGUCCUUUGUAUCCGAAAAGUCA